CCCACGUUCUCCUCGUCCUCCUCCUCCUCCUCGUCUCCCGUAGCCAUUCAGCCAUUCGUGCCCAUGCUUCUCCAUUACUGCAGGCCCGCCGUAGUCGCUGGCUCUUGUGCAGUUCUGGCUCAUGGCACGCAACAUCGAGGACGCGGCAGACGGCAGAGGCAUCGAGGGGGUAAUCGGCAGACCGCGCUCGCUGACCCUGGAGAGUGGCGCCGACUGCUCCAUGGCGGGGGAUAUCGCGUGGAGUCGGGAUUCCACCCACGCGAUCUACUCCGCCGCUGCCACCACUAAGCCCGACACGGACGAGCCCGACUGGGCGACCUCCAGGGCUACCGACGAGCAACGGCAACAGCAGUAUGAACUGGUGGAAGUCAUCGGCGAGGGGGCCUACGGUACCGUCCACCUGGCGAGGGACCGCGACACCGGGGAGCAGGUGGCGGUCAAGCAGCUCAAGCUCGGCGGGGACUUCGCCGACGGUGUGCCGGCGCACGUCGUCCGCGAGGUGUCACUGCUGCGGGACUUCGUUCACCCGAACAUCGUGCAGCUCAAGGACUGCCAGAACACGGGCGUCUCGGAAUACCAGCUGAUCUUCGAGUACGUCCCAGACGACCUCUACCGGAUCAUGCGGGGGCAGCGGAGGGAGGGCGUCCGGCUCCCCAUGUCGAAGGUGCUUGGGUACUCGCGGGACUUGCUCAGCGGGGUCUACGCGUGCCACGCUCGGCUCAUUAUCCACCGCGACCUGAAGCCGCAGAACCUCCUCGUCCACCCAGUGCACGGCCUCAAGAUCUGUGACUUCGGCCUCGCGCGCACCCUGUCGGUGCCCAGCAGGGCGUACACCCCAGAGAUCGUCACCCUGUGGUACCGCUGCCUGGAGCUGCUCCUGGGGCGCCGCACCUACGGCGCCGAGGUGGACAUCUGGUCCGUCGGGUGCAUCGUCGCCGAAAUGGCCGCCGGGCACGCGAUCUUCCCUGGGGACUGCGAGAUCGGCACAUGCUUCAAGAUCAUGCAGCUGGUGGGCUCCCCCACGGAGGCGACCUGGCCUGGCUUCGAGCAGAUGCUCCCGCUUUGGAGCAAGCGCUUCCCGACGUGGCCAGCGUCCGACAUGAGGGCUAUCCGAGAUGCGCGCCCAGAACUCGGCGAGGCCGGGAUCGACCUCGUCCGCAGCCUGUUGUCCUUGAACCCGUCCUCGCGCCCGAUCGCCCGCCGGGCACGGGCCCACGCCGUCUUCUCCCAGCCCGGCCCCGCCGCGUAGCGCAAGGGUGGCGGGGGAGACGGCGGGACGGCUCCCGCGACGGCGGCUGACGGUGUCGAGGAUCUGGGGUGGAAGGGGGGGGGAGAAUGGGGAAUGCCGCUCCCGUACAGCGUACAGCUGCAGCACAGCCUGACGGUCAAUCGAGUCGAAGCCUGGGCUCCUGCCCUGGGCUCGCCUCCCCAAGGAGGCCUUCGGCGCAGCUCCUGGGAGGAUGGAGUCCAGCAUCGGGCCCCCGGUGCCUGCACACUUGGUAGAGUUCUAUUGUAGUUGUCUUCAACCGCUCCUCCGCGAGGACCUCCCGGAGGUGCCCCCCUCAGAUUUUAUGCGGCGGUCGGGGGUCUUUUGGCCUGCUGUAAGUGGCAGCUGCGCCCAGCCUUGGGUGGUCGCCGCGCCUGCGUACGAAGCGUCGAGUUUCGAGCUUCAACACGGCCGAAUCCUACUAUCGAGGGGGGGCUUCAGAGGAGGAACAUGUACCCGUGCCACACCUUUCCCGGUCCGAGUGCCGCGGGACGCGCGCCGUCCAGGGUCUGCGACCUGGCCAGCUUGCGCGUGCACUCCUACCUGCUUCUCUUCCUCAUCCUCACUUGCCUCACUGUGAUCCUUCUCUUACCCCAUCUUCUCGGCAAAGGGGCAAUUUUGCUCGCUAGGGAAGGUUCGGCGCACCAGCAAGCAUGCGUCCGCUCGCAACGUUGUUGCGGGGCGAUUUGAUUGUUCCACAAUAGCUCACUAAGGUUCCAGUGUCUAUUGUAGUAGCUGCCGGCUAGCGCCGCAGACGAGACACUUUCUUCCUGGAUUUAAAUGACGGUGAGGAGGACAGAGACCGGUGCCGAAUGGCGUUUUACCUGCAGCAACCGGCUCUGCCUUUUGCCUCUUGUUUCGAAACCGCGCCUCCGGCAGCAGUUUGCUGUUCCACUUAUUUGACCUCUGACGUUCACGGCUUUUUUUUUCUCUCUCUCUCUCUCUCUCUGACGUCUUCUGCUCGUUCGCGUGAUGCACGAUGUACCCUUGUGGUUGCAGGUGCUAUAUGUAUUGUUUCUCGCAUUGAUAUUAAUUUGCUGUUUUUAGGUUCGUCAUUGUAUUAGUGUUAACGCUUCGCGUAUCCCCACCAGCCGUCUCUCUGUUGUUUCCCUUAGCGUGUGGCACUGCCUGCCCCUGCUUGCUCGGCGUUCGACUCGUUUCGCGCGCCUGCGUACCAAAAAGUAUCCUCACGAG